AUGGAGAUCAAUGGUACACAAAGUGAUCAGCUUUAUGCUCUCUCUACUGUCUACUUAGUGUUUCUCACUCCAAGUGUGAUUGGGAGUUUUUCUGUCCUGGCGGUUUCCAUUGUGAAAUGGAGGCAUCUGACAACACAGGUGCAUCUCCUGGUGCAGCUCGCCUUGGCAGACCUUCUGGCUGCUGUGAUCUUGAUGUUCACCAGUGCCAUGAACAUAGCUAAAACUGACAUCAAUGAAGACUUCUGCGAGUACAGCCUUCCACUGUCACUGACAUUUUAUUUUAUUUCAUUUCUGCUGGUGGUGGUUUACGCAUGGAAGUCCAAGAAUGCAAUCACAGGAUGGAGAGCGAGACCUACAGGGGAUGAGGGAGGACAGGGGAGAGAAAAUAAAUUCAUCAGCUAUUGUCUUUUCUUUGGCGUGAUUAUUGUGUUGCUGUCUUGCUCGGUAAUUUACUUCAAGGUUGGUAAAUGGUAUGAACAACAUGAGACAGUGGGUAUGUUUCCUGUGGAGGGAGAUGGACGUUCAAGAAGAAGAAUGAAAAGAGUAGUUUCCACAGCAAGAAAUAUGGUUAUCGUCAUCUUAUUCUGUUGGGCACCAGCUCUUUUCCUCAUAUUUACCCUGAUGAUACAUGUGGACCAAGAAAAGCUACUUAGUCUUUAUUUUAUACAGGCUGCCAGCGUGUCCCUGCAAGGCUUCCUGAACAGUAUGGUUUAUGCCUGGAGACGUCCCAACUUUACAGAGGCCGUUCUUGGGGAGAAAUCACCUCUGCUUAGACAUGAUCACCGGUCCUUCUUUGAAGAAUCACUGAUCCAUCACCCAUCCCCUUCUUGA